AUGGUGAACACCCGACGCUCACAGGCUCGUGCUGUGGCAUCUGCCAGCGUGCUUAUGGUGGUGGCCCUCAUUUUCCAGCAAGGCAUAUGCUACUCCCCGAUUCGGGUCUACCACUAUACCAACAAGGCGGGCUACGAUGGCAUUGUGAGGAGUGAUGCCAUCCGGCCGUCUGACAUCAAGCAGGGGGAUGCGUACUAUGGGAGGGGCGUGUACUGCACGAAGCUCGAUCCCAGCACCCCAAUCUUUCAGGUUCUUACCAACAACUAUGGUCUAGAUGGUGGCUUCCACAACCGCGGAGCGGACAAGAUGGACAGAGCCGACUAUGUCUUUGUCUUUGAAGUGGACCUUGACAAGGACAAUGUCACAGUCGUCACUGACACGAAGGCGAGAUCCGUGUUGAUCAUCGGUGGAGGGCGGGACGUGAGUUUGGAGACGGCUCUGGAUUUUGGUAUGGCCCAAGUCGUUUCUGAUUCUCGGGAUUCUGAACAAGCUGACCAAGAGUUCGAACGCUGGCUGAGAUCUUUCUUUGAUUGGAGUGCUCACAAAAGGUUUUUGAACGUUGUCGCUCAUGUAUUGCUGAUGGAGAACUCAUCUUUGUCGUUGUCCUUCUUGCACAUGGGUCAGCUCGACUUUACGCGUUUCACAAGGCCGCGCUUUUUUGGACUACAAGGGGCCACCCCAGAACAACUGGCUGCGAAAUUCUCGUGGGUGGAGCGGACGGAUGACUGGGCUUGGUCCGCUGAUGGCAGCUUUGCCUUCCAUGACAGCUUUGUGUUGAACUUUACGGGCUUCGACUACGUGGUCAUGGUCGUCUGGAAGCAUGGCGAAAACGGCGAGAAGACGGUUUGCAGGUCUGUUCCCCGUCCCAUAGCCUUUAUUGGACCAUGGAUGGUAGAGAGGCGGGCAGAGUGGACCGAGCAGUUGCACAGGUUCACAUCUCUGGCGCCAAAGUGCAAGGCAGUGACGUUUUUCCGGCGCAUGUUGUACCUCAUCACCGACAAAGCCUGUUGA